AAAUAAGUGUUUGAAUUCUUGAGACUCCUUCCUCUACAUUUCUUCUUAGAAAGAACAAGAAGAAGAAGACAUCCAAUUCCUCCAUCUCUUCCCUUCUCUCUCUCUCUCUCUUUCUCUCUGUCUCUCUCUCUCUAUUCAUCAAGCUCUGUCUCUCUGCUUCUCUCUCUAGCCGGGUCUCAAAUCUUCUCAACAUAUCACCGUUUGAAUCAGAACCAGGAAAGAGAGAGAGAGAGAGAGAGAGAGAGACGAUGACUAACAUGAACGGCCACAACCAAGGCAAUAACAUAGCGGUGACCGCCAUGGAAAUCGCAUCCUCCAAACAGCCUCUCCCCACGGCGAAGAGUGUCGACACCCUCCCUGUCCUCAAGAGGUUGCAAUCUGAAUUGAUGGCCUUAAUGAUGAGUGGCGAUUCCCUUAUAUCAGCAUUCCCUGAGGAAGACAAUAUAUUCUGCUGGAAAGGGACCAUUACUGGAAGCAAAGACACAGUCUUUGAAGGAAAAGAGUACAGGCUUUCUCUCUCGUUUCCCAACGAUUACCCCUUUAAGCCUCCCAAGGUCAAAUUCGAGACCGUCUGUUUUCAUCCCAAUCUAGAUUUAUAUGGCAACAUAUGCUUGGACAUCCUUCAGGAUAAAUGGUCAUCAGCUUAUGAUGUGAGAACAAUACUGCUUUCUAUCCAGAGUCUGCUUGGAGAACCAAAUACAAGCUCCCCUCUAAACACACAAGCUGCAUCACUAUGGAGCAACCAAGAAGAAUACAGGAAGAUGGUGGAGAAGUUAUACAAGCCUAUUGCUAGAUGUUAAAGGUGGUUUGGCAGUUACCCACACAUAUUCUCUUUCUUCUGGAGGAAAGAAAGAUUUAAACGAGAUAAUUGUUUCGACAUUUUCUUCCAUUUAUUCCUUUUUCUUUUUUUUUCUCACAAUUUCUACAAUGUGUCUUGUUUUAACUGAAAAUUGAGAUUUGUUAGUUUGAGUUUGGAUUGGAAAACAAGAUUAUUGUUUGCUCCUUGUUCUGUUUGUUCUUUGUCUAAAUCUGAGGGGGCUAAAGUUUCUGCUCC